AUGGAAGAAUUCGAUCAAGUUCCCAGUGACUUGCAAUCUCCGAACAACCCCAGUUUGAGUCCCAGCAGCAGCAGCAAUGGUUAUACAUUGACCAUAUCUCCUGGAAUGACACAGUAUUGGACUCCGCACUGUGAAGAUGAAAUCAAACCAGCGGUUGACAUGAUUUUUAAAACAUUGGAUGCUGGUAUUGAAUUCUACAAUAAUUAUGCUGCCAAAGUCGGGUUUGACACGAGGUCUAGUUCCCUCAUUAGAGCACGCGACGGGACGAAAACUCUAAAGCAAAUUGUUUGUAAUAGAGAGAGAUUUAAGAAUACGGGUGCUCAACAUUGUCACUCAAAAUCAAAUGCAGAUGCGGGGGAAGGUCCUUCGCGUUCAAAGCGGUGGAGUGUUUCAAACAGAACUGGUUGCAGAGCUAGGAUUAUCUUUAAGUACAUUGGAGUAGCUGGGUACCAAGUUACGACAUUUAUUGAAAAACAUAAUCACAGCAUGUCUUCGGUUCUUGCAAGGCAGUUCCUAAAUGGAAAUAGAAACAUCUCCAGUGUUCAUCAGAUGUUUAUACUAGAUUGUGCUAAAGCAAAUAUUGGAGCAAUCAAAAUCACACGGUACGAUCUGGUUUUUACACCCUUCACCGGAAUUGAUAACCAUAAAAAAUGUAUAACAUUUGGCGCUGGACUAUUGUUGAAUGAAGACAUUGAGUCUUAUGUUUGGCUCUUUGAAAAAUUUAAAAAGGCAAUGGGUAUGGAACCAAAAAUAAUUGUCACUGAUCAAGAUCCAGCUAUGAAAAUGGCGAUUCCAAGAGUUUUCAAGCAAGCCAGGCAUCGUUAUUGCAUGUGGCACAUUAUGUGUAAAGUUGGGGAAAAGGUGGGUCCUACGUUGAACAAGAAUGAGGAGUUCAAGAACAAACUGAACUCAAUUGUUUGGACAUCAUCUUUGGAACCUAAUGAUUUUGAGAAACAGUGGAGAGAGCUCAUGGAAAAGUACAACUUAGUCGAACACAAUUGGUUUACAACUAUGUUUGAGGCUAGAAACCAUUGGAUCCCAGCCUAUUUUAGAGAUGACUUUAUGGGGGGUCUACUCAGGACAACGUCUCGUUCCGAAAGUGAGAACUACACGUAUAGCCGUUUUACUGGCCCACAGUCUAGCCUAGUUGAAUUCAUGAUGAACUUUGGCAGUGCUCUUAAAUCACAACGUAACACUAAAGCAAAGCUCAACAGUGACAAUGAAGGCUACAAUCCAGAUAUGAAGACGCCUCUGGGGAUCGAAAAACACGCUUCAAUCGUCUACACCAUUACUGUUUUCUAUCAAGUUCAGGAAGAAAUAUGUGCCUCCUGUUUAUGUUGCAAGAUGUUUGAGAUGGUUGGACUGUUGUGUAGACACAUAUUUGUGGUCUUUAGAGACCUUGAAAAGAUACCUCUGAAGUAUGUGGUUAAUCGGUGGACUAAGGAUGCAUCUUUAAAGGCUACAUUUGAAAUAGAUGGUGUCAUUUAUGAUCAGAAUGGACCAAAGGAUGAAAAGAAGAUGUUGCUGAACAAACUGUGGUCUGAUGUACACUGUUGUAUUGAUCUGGUAGGUUCAAACAUGGAGCAAUUGGCUGCAUUUUCGCAAGUGAUUAAUGAACAGAAACAGUUGCUAAUGUCAGGAAAGGAAAAGUUAUCCCCUCAGCACAGCAGGAAGACUGUUAUAGAAUCAUUUUGUGGAUCAACAGAGAUUUCAGAGAUCAAUAUACUUCCACCGAAACAUGCAAAGAACAAGGGCAGUGGAAAACGUAUCAAAAGCAGCAAGGAGUUGGCAAUGGAAAAAGAAAAGGGCAGGAGGUGCAAUUUUUGUGGUGUUAGAGGAGAUCAACAUGACACCAGGACUUGCCCACUUAACCCCAAAAAUAAGGACAAACAAAAUGGUAAGAAAAAGGCAUAG